CCUUGAUUAGGGUCAUAAUUUAAGCAAGCCCGUCUCCGUAUCGUUUCCUCACAUCACAGUGCUGCUAUCGAUCUAACUAUCUAAUCAAACAGAGUGUUCCUUGAAACUCCUCCAAAACAAACUACAAAAAGAUCCGAGGAGUUUGUGGAUUCUCAAUCAAAUCUUCUAUCUCUUUUCUCUUAUCAAUCAUCACUUUUUUUCAGUCAUGGCUAGUUCGGCACCUGAAGGAUCCCAGUUUGAUGCUCGUCAAUUUGAUUCUAGGAUGAAUGAGCUGCUCACAGCUGAAGGACAGGAUUUCUUUACCUCCUAUGAUGAGGUGCAUGAAACUUUUGAUGCUAUGAAUUUGAAGGAGAACCUUCUGAGGGGUAUUUACGCAUAUGGUUUUGAGAAGCCAUCUGCAAUUCAGCAAAGAGGGAUUGUCCCAUUCUGCAAGGGACUUGAUGUAAUCCAACAAGCACAAUCAGGAACUGGAAAGACAGCUACGUUUUGCUCUGGGAUUUUGCAGCAGCUUGAUUAUGAUAUAGUUGAAUGCCAAGCAUUGGUUCUUGCACCUACCCGAGAACUAGCUCAACAGAUUGAAAAGGUUAUGAGAGCACUAGGUGAUUAUCUGGGUGUGAAGGUUCAUGCUUGUGUUGGUGGAACCAGUGUUCGUGAGGAUCAGCGUAUUCUCUCAGCUGGGGUUCAUGUUGUAGUCGGUACUCCUGGUCGUGUGUUUGACAUGUUGCGGAGACAAUCACUUCGCCCUGACUAUAUCAAGAUGUUUGUAUUGGAUGAAGCAGAUGAAAUGCUCUCAAGAGGAUUCAAGGAUCAGAUAUAUGAUAUUUUCCAAUUACUGCCCCCAAAGAUUCAGGUUGGGGUCUUCUCUGCUACUAUGCCACCUGAGGCCCUAGAAAUUACGAGGAAGUUCAUGAAUAAACCUGUGAGGAUUUUAGUGAAGCGUGAUGAGCUUACCCUUGAGGGUAUCAAGCAAUUCUAUGUUAAUGUUGACAAGGAGGAAUGGAAGCUUGAGACACUUUGUGAUCUAUAUGAGACCUUGGCAAUAACCCAAAGUGUUAUCUUUGUGAACACCAGGCGCAAGGUGGAUUGGCUCACAGACAAGAUGCGCAGUCGUGAUCACACAGUCUCUGCCACUCAUGGAGAUAUGGACCAAAACACAAGGGACAUUAUUAUGCGAGAAUUCCGCUCUGGUUCCUCUCGUGUGCUGAUCACUACUGAUCUGUUGGCCCGUGGUAUUGAUGUCCAGCAAGUCUCACUUGUGAUCAAUUAUGAUCUCCCUACCCAGCCAGAGAACUACCUCCAUCGUAUUGGUCGUAGUGGACGUUUUGGAAGGAAGGGUGUUGCUAUAAACUUUGUUACCAGGGAUGAUGAAAGAAUGCUUUCUGACAUCCAGAGAUUCUAUAAUGUAACGGUUGAGGAGCUGCCAUCAAAUGUUGCUGAUCUUCUUUGAAGCAAUUUUGGUUCACCAAGGUAAAUGGCUGAGCUUGGAAGUUAAAACUAUUAUGCUGUUUGCAGUUUUGGGGCCUCUAUUUAGCAUGGAUUGGACUAGCCCUGCAGGUUUGGUUCUGAGCAUUUGAGAUUGGGGUCAAUCCCAUUUCGGGUGCAGAAGUCCCAUGUGUUAAAUUUUGUUGCAAGUUUGUUUUUGCUUUUUCCUUUUUGUGUCGGAGUAAAAUUUGCAGAAUUAUGGUAGUCAAUCAUAAUAUUUUACUCUCUGCGUGGUUUUUUAUUUUAUGCAAGGGAAUUUCAUGUAGGUAAAAAACUUAUGAUAAAGUCAUUAUGUUAUAAUAUUGGGCUCUCCGUUGCUGUUC